UGAAAACAGGAUUGUAUGGUUUGGAUCAUAUGCAAUAUCUCAUGCCGUUCAAAAGAUUACAUUCGGCUUUUCAUAACGUCGAGUUUACCUAUGUACAAAUAUUAUGUUGCGUAUGUACAAAGGCAAGUGUCUUCGGGUAAUUUUAAUUUCCCAAAGGAAAUAACUUACGCCAAGUUUCGUCUUGCUAUCAUUGCCAUGAUACGGUUGCUUGAUAUUGAUUUUGACAAUGGGUUUUUUUGUGAAUUAUGUGGAAGAAUUCCCCAAAAGGUGGUGAUGGAUGGAACAACUCUUGGAAUACAGAAAACUUUCUUACCAAAUAAUUUAAGAGAGUCUGAUACUGGAUUGCUAGAUGGAAGUAGGUUUGAAAUGCGCAAUUUCAUCAACAGGAGAAAUGUGCGAGCUUUAUUGAAGAAGUACAAUGAUUCAAAGCUAAGUUGGGACGAAUUUCAAGAAUUAAAAUCUGAAAUAUCUUCAAAGGGGCUUAGGACUCUACUUGAAUGGUUAGAGAAACAAGGAUUUAUCACUAGUUGUCCAAACUCGUGCAGAAGGUUAUUGGCAGCAUUGUCUUCUGACAAACCAGUAUGCGCAAUUGUGCCCCCCAAAGAAGAAGUUUUGGACAUCUUGAUAAGGAUGUCUGAUGGAGCCAAUCCAAAAGACAAUCCUUCGACUGAUUUAAAACUUCUUCAUGAAGAAGUGCCCCUACUGUUUAACGUCAUGGAGACUAGUGAAGAAAUUCCUAUUACUAUUCAACCGCUGCUAAAGGAAUUGGUACAAAAGGCUAUAAGUCCGUUCGAGGUCAAGGACGGUGAGUGGCGUUUGCCACACAACUUACCUGAGGUGUCUCAAAAUUCAUCCUAUGGAUAUCUACCUUGUCUGCCAGAACUGGUUCAACGAGGGAAUUAUGUUCUUGACAAUAGGAAGACACAGCAGGGAGAUUGUGCUAAAGUCACUAGACCCAAGAAGAAGCAUGGCACUUUGAUCCCUGGAAUAUUUUGUAUUCUUUAUCCCCACGGUAUUUACAUGAUGAACAGCUCCAACGAAAAUUUGUUUUACUAUUGCAGUAAGUGA